AUGGCAACAGUUCCACCAGGAAAACAGCCAUUGAGUCGUGAGAGGGAUUUUAGUGGUAUUAGUGCUGGUAAUGGUUCAAUUGGCCCAAGUGACUAUAGUCGACGUGCCGAGAUUGAUCGGAUCCCUUAUGGAGCUGUUCGCAACGUAUCUUCGCCAGCUUCGUUAUACGCACAGAAACGAGUGCCACCGCCAUUGUCACUACGACCAGAGGCUAAUCGAUCAACCCCUUCAUUGUUAAGCCAGCCUUCACCGAAGAGACGUACACCAAGUCCUAACUUACGUCAAGGUAAUGGGAUGACGGGAUCAGAUUGGCAACGCCGCAACGGCCCAGCUUCGAUCAACACAUCUCCAGCGCGGAGUACACUCAGCCUUGCCUCAACGGCAAAUUUCGUUCCGACGACCUUGUCCCAAUCUGCAACAAAUACCCCAGGAAAACCAUCACCUUUGUACUAUGACUAUACCGAAGACUUCGAAGUUGAAAAUCAAAACCGCUCAAACUUGGAGCCACCACCACAAUUUCAACUGCAAAGAACAAUUCAUGAAGAUCGACCUUUGAGUUCAGCACUUUUGCCUCUUGCCCAUAGUCUUCCAUCUAGGCUCAAUGGAAGCAAUACUCAUCAUCUCCGUGCAUCAUCAUCGGCAUCAACUAUAAUUAGACACCCGACGAGGAAGAACAGUGCAGAGAGUACAAGUGGAGUUUCGAACGGCGUUGGUCAUAUUCGAGCUGCAUCUAGUAUUUAUGGUAAAAUUGGGGAGAGCUCAGCGUCAUCAGAUAAUGUCCCCAAUGACAGCAGUUCAAUCGACAUGUCAAACUUAGGUUCCAAUGCUCAAGAAUUGAACUCGCGGGUGUCUAUGGCUUUUGGCCUACUCCCUUCGUCAUCAUUUGAAGUCAAGAUCACACCAGGUUCUGUCGAAAUUGAAGCUAACCAGGCUGAGACCACACUUGUGGCAGUCAACAGCAUGAUUGCAAAGACCAGACAUCAACAACGGUCUUCAUCAUUACCAACCACAAAAAUAGAAGUUUCUCCCACAUCUUUCCCAUCAACAAAUGGUUCUCAAGAAAUUACCACAAAUGAUGAUCUUGCGAGAGGAAUCAUUUCCAAAUCCAAUAACCAAAGUGAUCAUUCAAAUGCUAGGAAGCGUCCCAGUACAGAUCUUCAGCAACCAUCGAAGGAUGCAGAUAAAUGUGAUGAUGUAUCUAAACUCAAUUCUGUGCACGUAAGUAGAGUUACGUCUAGUGGUAUCUUCACCAUUGAUACUGGUCUCGAUGAACUAGCCGAUUUAAUGCCUACUGAUGAUCCUGGUCGGUCCAACACCUUCGGUAGUGGGUAUCCCCCUGGAAUCCGGAGGACACCUAUGAUGUCGCCAACAUUACCUCGCGACUCUUACUUUGAUACUCCUUCGGUGCACCGUACCAGCGCCCCCUUGCCACCAAUCAAGAAAUCAGAGAAAGACUACAUUCACAGCGUGGUUCCUUGUGAAAGUUUCAAAGAUGGACUCCAAGUCUAUGAGCAGCGACUCGAAAAGGGUAAAUUGCCUAGUUAUAGGUCAUCUGAGCUUCACAAUCUCAGUGAGCAGAUCUCAAGCAAGAUUAUGCCUAGAUCUGAGUCUCCCAUGUUAGCACCCAAACCAAUCUCACCAGCAAGGGAAUUAAAAUUAAAGAACAGCGUGCCACAGCUUAUGAAGUCUCUCCCCAAAUUGCCCGACUCUUCCAUUCGUGGGUUGACAGUACCUGGAAGGUCCGCCAUAUCAGACGCCAAUAUUCCGUGCCAUUUUUCAGAACUUUUGCCUGAGGGAAAAUUCAAACCAGUUGAAGAGGGUGUAGUAGUCUCAUCGCCAAACAAGGCAUCGAAGACGUAUCCCUCUUUGGAAAAUGAAAAUGUCAAAAUUUCAUUAGAGCAAGUCGAAUUGAUCCCCAGCCCGACCAAACAACAGGAGGUUGAGCCAAUUAAAGAGAGUCAUGGUCCUCGCUCUUCACCUAUGAAAUUAAAGCUCAAGGUUAGAAAUCCUGUUGUAGAGAAGGCAUCAUCUUCGGAACUUGGUACCAACAAACAUGAGGAAGCUUCUUCUUGGGCUAAUUUACAAGACAAUACUUCACUAUUAAACACUCAAAAAGAGCAAGGCGGGGAGCUUAAGCCAGUCAAACUCAAGUUGAGACUCACUAGAGCUACAGGUUCAGAACCAUCUGGAACUGUAAGGGUAUACAAUGAUUCUGGAGAUCAAUCCAAUAAUGAUUUGAAUAUACCAUGUCCGAAGGAUUUAUUCACACCCACCACCACUGGGUUUGACAAUAUCUUCCGACAAGUUAGUAAACAUCUCCAUUCACGAAGACCCAGCACGAACAGUGAUCAGCAACUUGAAGAUGGCGCUGAAAUGAUGCCAAGUCAACUAUCACUAAACGUGCCUCCUCGCUUGGAUCUUGGCAUUCCUCAUAGUGGACCAUCUGGGAAUUUACCGAGCCCCUCGGAUGCACGAAGCUUUUUCUCCGACGACAGCUCUCAUCGCAACGGGGGUCAUGGUUUACGAAAAAGAAUUUCCAACUUCCGAGCUCGCGUUGGUGUGCCAUACGUAGCUCGAAAUGGAUCAUAUUCUUGUGACGACAUAGUUUGGAGAGAUCAAAGUGGAGGUGUUGGCCAAUCACCUCUAGCUGCUAAAUCUGUCGCUGAUCUCAAUGCCACGAGAGCCAGCUUCGUAGAAUCACCUAAUCCGCGACGGUCCGAGCAUAAGUUGCAUGCACAUCGACUACGAGCAAAGGUGUCUGAAUGGUUUCGUGGAGCACGUGCUGCUAUCUCCGCUCGUGUCAAAUUACGAAGUACAGCCAAUACUGGCAAUGAGAGAUCAAGGGCGAGUGCAUAG